GCUCUAUCUAUCACUGAAAGGCCAUCAAAUCUCCUAUUUAAAGACUUAAAUUUCGUUAACUUUGAAUUUAUAUUACCUUUUAUCUUAGCAAAGUGAUUCAGAUUUUUGCAUAAAUCAACCAUGAGUCUCGAAAAUGUCAACUGUUCUGCCUCAAACGUGUUUACAGAAGAGCAGGAAGCUCUAGUGGUUAAGUCAUGGAAUGUCAUGAAAAAGAACUCUGCUGAAUUGGGUCUCAAGUUGUUCUUGAGGAUCUUUGAGAUUGCACCAACGGCUAAGAAAAUGUUCUCUUUUCUAAGGGACUCAAACGUUCCCUUGGAGCAGAACCCUAAGCUCAAAGCCCAUGCCAUGUCUGUUUUCGUCAUGACUUGUAAAUCAGCUGUUCAGCUUAGAAAAUCCGGCAAGAUCACGGUUGGAGAGUCUAGCUUAAAGCAUAUGGGGUCUGUCCACGUGAAAUAUGGAGUUGUUGAUGAACAUUUUGAGGUGACUAGAUUCGCGUUGUUGGAAACGAUAAAGGAGGCCGUACCAGAGAUGUGGUCGCCGGAGAUGAAGAAUGCUUGGGCUGAAGCUUUUAAUCAGUUGGUUGCUGCUAUUAAGGCUGAAAUGAAGCCUAAAUCUCAAGCUUAAGUUCACUUGUAAAAAAUAUUGGUUUUGACAAUUUUAGAAGUUCAUUUAAGAAUAAAUAAAUACAAGUACUAUCAAUGUAUACAUACGUCGCACCAAAAAAAAAUCAAUGUAUACAUACUACAUACGGCGUAUUUUUAUACGGUGUACUCCGUAGCAAUAGAAAAUGUAAUUUAUUACUCCGUACAUAGCAAGCUUAUAAAGUAGUUAAUAUAAUGUAUUUUAUUUUCUAAGUGGA